GCUAUUAGUAGUUUUUAGUUUUACAGUAAAUCCACAGUGUGUCAAGACAUUUGGUGUUGUUGUUGUUGUCGUUGUCACAUAAAGCAUGAUUGACAUUUGAAGGUGUUGAAAGGGUGCACUUAAGACGAAAAUUGUAAAAACAAAAAAUUAAAUUAAUUUAAAUUUGUUAAUGGUGAUUUGCUAUAAAAAUCGAUUGUUUGAGUCUUCGAAAUGAGUGUUGGAAUAAAAGUGCUAGUUAAAUUGUUUUUAAUAAUUGCUGUUGCAGCAGUUGGCAUUCGAGCUCAAGUGGAACUGAACGAAGAGGAUUACAAUGACACCUGGAUGUAUAUGCCCGAUGGAGAUGGCCAGCCACAAGUGGCAUAUUUAGUUGAACCACCGCCGGAUGAUAAUCGCAAUAAUGAACCACAAAUCAUACAAUUUGAAUACUAUGGCAGUACAAAUCCAUCCGAGCCCAUUGUCAACAAUGUUUGGAUGAAUGAAGAGGAGCAAACACGUCACAAACGUGAUACCUGGGAAGAAAUGGCAGAGAAAUUUAAUCCAGCUUUGGAUACGAAAAUUUUGGUUCAUGGAUGGAAAUCUAGCACACAAAGUAAUUCCAUACAAUCCAUUAGGGGAGGUUACAUCAAACGGGGUCAUGUCAAUGUGUUUGCUAUUAAUUGGAGAGAUCAAGCCGAUAAUAUUUAUUACUUGAGACCGGCACGUUAUACGGUUCAAGUGGGUCGGGCAGUAGCAAAAUUGAUAGAUCUAUUGGUGGAAGAGAAAAAUGCCGAUCCAAAACGUAUUCACCUAAUAGGACAUAGCUUGGGUUCACAUAUUAUGGGCUAUGCCGGUUCCUAUACCAAAUAUCGUGUGGGCAGAAUUACUGGUCUAGAUCCUGCCCGCCCGGCCUUUGAAGACUGUAUUGGACCGGAAAAUCAUUUGGAUAGUACCGAUGCCGAUUUCGUUGAUGUCAUACAUAGUUGUGCUGGAUUUUUGGGUUUUAAAAAUCCCAUCGGUCAUGUGGAUUUCUAUCCAAAUGGUGGAAAUCCUCCCCAGCCGGGUUGUACGGAAAUCAGUCAAAUAUUUACUGGUUGCAGUCAUGGUAGAUCUUAUGAAUACUAUGCGGAAUCGAUUAACAGCGAUAAGGGUUUCUAUGCCGUGCCAUGUGGUUCAUUGUUUGAUGUUAAGGGCAAAAAUUGUACCGGUGAUAAAAUUCUAAUGGGUGAUCCAACACCUACCACCGCUGAGGGUAUCUACUAUUUAAAGACCUCGAAUCAGUCUUCAUUUGCAUUGGGUAUGGAUUUUUAAGAAAUUGUUGAAUAGUUGUGGGUUUUUGUUAUAUGUUUUAUUGUAAAUUGUAGUAAUAAUAAAAGCAGGAAGA